ACGAGUGACAGACACAAUGGAGAACUAUAUGUUCUUCAUAUGUGUAUUUUCUUGUUGGAUUAUGCACAUCACAUCUAGUGAUGUGCCAGCACGAGGAUCUUCUGAUCUGUUGAGAGUCCAGAUGGGAGAAAGCAUCAGUCUGAACUGCAGCAUGACCAACCGAUAUGAAAUCGCCUGGUAUCAACUCAGAUCUGAACAUCUUGAUCUACUGAUUGCGGCAGAGAAAGACGAAACAGGAAGAAAACUUCUGAUCAACUACAAUCCAAACAGCAAUCGACUGAAAAUUACUGCAGACACAUGGGUCACCAGAGCCACACUGGUUAUUUUUGGAGUAACAGAGUCAGAUUCAGGUCUUUAUUUCUGUGGAACAAAGUCUGAUGCGCCAGAGAUGUUCUUCGACAAACCCAUCAGACUAGAGAUUGAGGGUCUAUUUGUAACAAAAAAGCCAAAAGACAUUGACGUCACAGAUGAAGUGACUACAAAAGAGACGGCAUUGAUGUUCGGUGGUGUUGGUCUGGCUGUGCUUGUGUUUUUUGUGGCUACAGCCAUUGCAGGAGGAAUCAUUCACUAUCGUGGUUGGCAGAAAGGAUGGGCCGCAGCCAAACGCUCAUCUCUGAUUCAGCACAGAUCACCUAAAGUCACCUAA